CUCUGCGUUCAGGCGGCGUCGCGAUCGCGGAAAACAGCUGUUGGUUUCUAACACAGUGAUCAUAAGCAACGUAUUUUGUUUUUGUGCGUGUCUUCAUUACUUAAAUCGAGAGUUUUGUGCAAAUAUGCCGAAGUCGGGUGCAGAAAGGACAAAAACGUGGUGGGAGAAAAAACGGGCGAGUGAAGGAAUUGAUCAGAAUAGAAAACGGAAAAAAAGUAGAACUGAAAUUGAACGAGAUAGCAGGGAACGGAGGCAAACACGUGCUAACCUCUUACGUGACAGUGUGGACGAUAGUGUAAAUAAUCCAGAGAAUGAACUAUUAGCAACGACUUCGACUCAUCCUCCUCCUGAUUGUGAUGUAUAUAGUGGUGAUCGAUUACAAUAUUCAGACUUUAAUAAGUCUAAAACUGCACAUAAGAACUUUCACCGUGAUUUUAUAAAUAAUCCAUUCGGUUUUACGUGUUGUAAUUCAGAAGUAAUAAUGAGCUGGCAUGCACCAGCUGUCGCCAGGCUUUGAGGAGAGACAAAAUUCCAACAUUGUCGAAAUUGAAUGGCUUUGUAUAUCCCCCGAUCCCUGCACAUCUUCCGAAGUUAGAUUUAGUGUCCGAGAGACUCAUUCCUCCUAGAAUUCCAUUUAUGCAAAUUCGCAGAUUGCGUCAUGCGCAUGGACAAUUCGGAAUCGGAAAUUUGGAGUCAAGAGUCUUCAUUACCUAUUUUAGUUACCACAAACCUAUCAUUUCGUUCAUGAAGAGUCUACCAGAGGAUGAAGGUGAAGCUGAUUGAGAUUUAAUUCAUCAUAUUCAUACUAAUAUUAUUGUAUCUUGAAAAAAGUAUAAUUAUUAUGAUGAAUAAAUUAAUA